CAAUAUUUUUAGAACAAAAGAAACUGCGCAAUGUUAUAAUUGUUGUCAUAUGACCAAACUUACAUUUCCAAUUAUACAUUCUCAAAUAAUUUAUUUGUAAAUAAUAUAAUAUAAUUUAAUAAAUGUAUAAGACUGUCGUAACAAUAGGAAAAAGGUAUGCAAAAGCAGUGGUAUUUUUACAAAAAAUGAGUACUAUAGCAACAAAUAAUCCAGUAGAACAUUCAAUAAGAACAAAACUAACAAAUUCUUUAAAUCCAUCUCAUAUUGAAAUAAUAAAUGAAUCAUAUAUGCACAAUGUUCCUAAAGGAUCUGAAACUCAUUUUAAAGUAAUUGUUGUAUCUGACAAGUUUGUGGACAAACCUCUUCUCAAGCGCCAUCAAAUGGUAAAUGAAUUAUUGCAAGAAGAACUGGAGGGCAGCGUACACGCGUUGUCGAUUGUAGCAAAGACACCUACUCAAUGGGAAGACAAUAGUAAAGUAACUCCAAGUCCAGCUUGUCGAGGUGGCUUUGGAAAAUAGAUCGAAUUAUCUUGUGUUAAUCAAAUUUCUUAAAACGAAUAAAUGAAACUCAAAUGAUAUAAUUGUAAAUUGUUGAACUUAGUACGUGAUGAUCAAUAUAUUUAAUCAAAAAUAAAAAUGAAUUCGAAA